UUUUACGCAUUGAUUAUGCAUCAUAUUGUGUUCUUGUUGCCAUUGAUUUACAUUGAUCACACUGUAUCAUUUCACAACAAUUCACCUCUGGAGGGAAGUGAGAGUGACGGCACAUUAAUUUGAAACCACUCUAGUGUGUACGCAUAUUAUCUAUGGUGUGAACGCGAUUAAUGCGCAUUACUUUGGCGAGUGUGAAAAGGCCUUAGAACAUUCUUCUUGAUUUUGACUUACUUUCAUUUCAAAGUCAGUUUUAUACCUUUCCUUUUAGUGAUUGUAGGCAAACUUCAGGGUUAUCUCUACGCGAGACUAGAUUAUCUCUUGGUCAUGCAACUGCUCUCGACAAGACAAAUAACAGACGGAGGAGAGGUAAGAGCAGAAACUCUUGCACUGUCAUAUUCCCCUUGGCUGGCCGGUUGCUUGCAAGUCGACAGGCGUGGCCUGGGACCGACCACUUCUUAAGUGGUUUCCAUCAUGUCUUCCUUAAUGAGCUUUGCUUUACUGUUUCUUUGUAUUUUUGUCUCGUUCAAAUGCUCUGCAAGUAAUGUGGUUAAAAGAGAAACUGAUCGAAUGGCAAUGGCUACUUGCACAAAUGCUUCAGCAUGUUCUGUGACCUGUGGUGGUGGUUGUAUGAUCCAGUAUUGUCGGUGUGAGGAUCAGGCUGGUGCUGCUUUACAACUCUGUGGCAGUCAGCCUUGCUGCAAUAUUGGUGAUUUUCGAAAUGGAAGUAAUCCACUUUCCUGUAUACAAUGUAACAUGCAAGCAUGUCCUGGUGGACCUGCUUCUGUUAAUGAGUUCAUUCCUCAUACAGGGACAUUCACUCUUGUUGAUAGUGUCACUGGAAUGAUAGCUGUCACUACUACCAGGGAUGCUGCUAUGAUUAGUAUCACUAUUCAAGUACCUGACCCAACUGGAUAUUCUACAACCUUUAAUACUACGCGAACAACUACUCAAAUGGGUACUCAGACAUCCUUUAGUGCUUCACAGGGUUUCUCUGCUCCUACUUAUGAAAUUUCUAAUGGGAUGAUAAAGAUCAAUGGUCAGUCAUUGAUAGCAACUGGUUCUUUCUUAGCUGUUAGAACAAUACCUUCCACUGGUAGCUUCAGUUACACGGGAUCAGCAGGUUUCUAUAAGUUAGGAACCGGGUCUGGUGUUGCCACUUUUAGCGGAUACAUGCCCUAUUACUAUAUAUCACCAUUUGGUCACCUUUAUGAGUAUUCUGGUCCAAAAGCAGUUCAAGUCAAAGCAACAGGUAAGGUGUUUGUUAGAUUGAACCAAGUACGGAAUGAACGGCUAAUCAUAACAUCAGAGAAUUCAUACAUUACUGGAGAGUUAAGUAAACAGUCUGGUGCUGCAAUGACCAUAGAGCCAGUUGGAGCUGGAGCAGCUAUAGGUUUCAACUUUAGGGGAACUGGUACUAAUGCUUUUACAAUAACAUCAUCAACUAAUGUCAGGACGGCUGUAUCCCCAACCAGUUAUACUGGUAGCACACUUAUGGUUGGUAGCAUGACUUUUAAUAACAUUGACAAUGUCCUCUUAGCUGGGGAAGGCUUUGAACAGUACAGAUCUGCCAGCAAUGAAGCAACUGCUUUUGUAUCCUACGACUCCUUCUUCAUCAAUGCUCAUAAUGCUGUCUUCUCAACAAGCUCAAAGGUAACUGCUAUGAUUCAAGAGGGUCAAAUGUUUCUAGCUGGAGGUGGAACAUCUCAAGCUGCUUAUACAGUCGAAGGUAAUAGAGUGAAGUAUGGUGGUGUCACUGUAUUCACCAUUAACUCUGGUUUUACAGAGUCUGAUAUUGCUGGACCUGUACUGUUAUCAUAUAAUGGUCAGGCCUUGUCAGGCAGUGCAAAUAAUACUGGUAUUGAAUCUUUUGCUUAUAAUGUUGGAAAUACUAAUGGUAUAGCAUUUAAUGGAGAUGCAACAGUGUCUUCUGGUCCUGAUAUUAAUGUCCGACUAUACGUAUCUGGGUCUGAGGCCUUUGCUACCAGUUCACAAUCAUUAAAUGACAACAUUACAGCAGCAACAAUGCCUAGAACCAUAACUGGAUUAAGAGCUAUGUACACCACAGUCCUUGAAUCAGGUAAUACUGGAAUACUUCAAUUGAAUGGGCAGAAUGUAGUUGAAUUCACUGGAUCAGCAAUGAGCGUGACACUGAAUGAUGGAGAUGCUGUUAGCUACAGUGGGGGAACUAUUAGUUUUACUCCUUGUAAUUCACGUGGCCCAUUCACUGGUAUAUCCAUGUUUACUUAUGCUCCUAAUGGUCAGAAUAUAGUACAGUAUAAUCCUAUAGCUUCUAAAACCUUUAAUGUUGACUCAAGUUACCAAAUAGUCGUUGAUAGUAAUGGUAACACACUCCUAACUAAUGAUGGUAUGGUCAAAGGAUUACUAUCCAACCCACAAUUUGGAGUGACUUUUAGCAACAGGGACGCCCAAGGUAACUUUUUCCUAAUGAUAAGAUGCAGCAGUAUUGAGAGGAUGGGUAGGAACACAGCACGUCAUGAGGUACCCACUGGGGGCACUGUAAGAUUAUUGGGAACCUCCUUUGGUGGCAUCAUGAAUGGCAACGCCAUAUUCCUUGGAGUGACAGCAAGCCUUGUACAAACUUAUUACUCCAAUGAAACUAUCCCAACCACUGUAUCAGGGACACCACCUUAUAAUCAAACUGCCAUGACUAUAUUUUACGUCUACAUAACUGGAGAUCCUGGAGCUACUGCUACAGUUUUCAUUACUGAUAGAGCUACACUUGAUGCUGCUAUUAAUAGUGAGUUAUUAAGACCAGUGGCAACAUCUACUCCUGAUCCUGCUAUACCUGGACCAGGAACCACUGCACCACCACCUGUGACCACUAGCGGUAUAACGGUAGUCAUUAGAAAUGAUGAAAUGGGUAAUCCUAUAGUACGGGCCAUGAACCGUAACACUGGUAGUGAUACUAAUAUAAUAUCAUUGACUGGUGGUUCACAGCUUAACAUUAGCACUGGUCAAACUAUUGAAUAUAAACAUCCUAACCUAUCUAUAGUUAAACCAGGUGGAAUUAGACAGAGAUUGAGUGGCAAUAUUUUUGAGUGUAUUUACUUUCGUGAUGGAGAUUUACAAUCUUUUUUUCAAAAUGCUACAACAACUGCAAGUAGAGAUGGCCUACUGGUGGCUAGUGAAAUAUCAGGAACUGCUUUCUUCACUGAUGACUCUGAAACCAUUGACACAAUUAGAUCUGCUAAUCCUCCUACUACUUUUAGUGGUGGAGUCAUUAUAAUUGAUGGUAACCCGGUCCUUACAAUAGGAGGAUCAGUGACUAAUCCUAUUACUGAGAACACCACUCUAUCAGUCAGUUCAGUACAAAGUGUUAGGUUUAGUAACUCAAGGUAUUCCGUUAUCAAUCAGGAUGGAUCUACUGCUUUCAGAUCAAAGAAUCAAAUGUUUAACACAUUGAUUCAGUAUCAAUCUAACUCAGAUCAAGUUAAUGUUUUAUCUCUAACAAGUACAGAAGUAGCUUUUCAAGGACCACAGACAAUAUCUGUCAGUUCAGACAGAAUCAUUGUUAGCAAUCGUCCUGAGAUUAAUAAUGCUAUUGAUGCAGUUAUAUCACCUCCAUCACAAACAGUAGGGACUAGAGUGGACAGUAACAAUAACACAAUUUUGGUUAUUGGUGGGCGGGAUAUACUACCAAUGAAUAAUGCAUUGGUACGUCGUGUUCAAAGUUAUGAGUUUAUUAGUUACAACAACUCUUUGAUCAAUGUCACUAAUGCUAUUACUGAUAAAAUGAGUGGAUCUAUGAUACCAGCAAAUGUGUUCACCACAUAUACUCCAAAUGAUGAUGAGCCAAUUUCAUUUAAUGAAUCUGCUUCUUCGAUGCCAUUUGGAUUCGGCUACUUGUACUACACUCCCAUUAAUGAUUCCUUCUUUGUCAGUAGGCCUGAUGUUGCGUCCACUAUAUUCUCAAUAUUUAAUGUUACUAGUACUUUACCUCCUCCACCUGCUACGAUGACUCCAAUACCUGAGGAACCUAUAUCCCCAGGUAAUCCUGACACAGCUUUUGUUCUUAAUUCUGAUGGAUCAUCCUGGGUCCCUUAUGCUUACACGCCAUGUUCUCGUACUUGUGGUGGUGGUAUUAGGGUGAGACAGUUAAAGUGUCAAACACCAGCUGGUGAUCAUGUAAGAACAUGUACUCAACCUACGGAGCCUACCUCCACUGACAUACCUCCAUCAAUCAAAGUGUGCAGCCUACAGGAUUGCAACAAUCCUAAUACAAUCCUUAACGUCCCAGCCCCUGAUGUGAGUGAAGUCAAUAUGACUAUUACUGGUGUACCAGGCAGUGCCAUAUAUGGGCGUGGUAUAUAUUACAUAACCUCUAGUGCUUCUGAUGACACCUACAUGAUAACAUUUAACAGCCACUGUAUGAAGACAGGAUCCACGUAUAAAAUUGUACAGGAGAGGGUAAAUGGAGCUUUAGUGACCAACAAUAACAUUAAUCUUGAGACCAAUUUUGUUGAUAGGAUACUCAACUCCACUAUUACUGACUUUACUGUCAACUAUAAUUACAAUGGAAUGAUGUUCCCCGUGACAGUUAUUAGGAGUGAUGGGUUCCAUGACGAUGAAGUGGUUACCACAAGUGGAUCUGUCUCUUAUAACAAUGGGGUACUAAUAUUUGAUAUGAGGAACCUCUACGGUUUUACCAUGGUUACUAAACUGGAUAGAUUACAGAGUAUAAUGUUUGUUAAUUCAUUCCCGCAGGACGACUUUGCUGAAACAUCUGUUUUGCAGCACCAGUGUGAUUGA